AAAUUAUUUAUGGGAAAAGUGUUGGUUCUGUGUAAGAUAGGAGGCCCACUGUAAUGAAUAUUUAUGAUUCUGGUGGAUAAAUACCCUGUGGCAAAUCCCCCCUGCCCUGCAGGACCAGGAGAGCUCCGCGGUGAGUCCCAGCUGAUAAAGAAUUCCGGCUCUGGGCCCCCUCCAGCUCUGUCAGGGAGUUCACUGCGGCUGAUUUCGUGUCCCCCACUGCUCCUGGUGGCCUCUCCCCGCCAUGGCCCCUCUGUCUCUCACCCUGGCCCUGCUGGCAAUGGCCGUGGCCACUGCGGGCAUUGAGGUGGUGCCCCUGGAUAUGGCCUGGGACUCCUUUGAUGACCAGUACCAGGACUGUGGCCCCAACAUGACCGCGGCCUUGCCGGCCCUCAACCGCUCCGAGUUCCAGAAGAAUCCUCUCUUUGCCUGGGCCUGGCCUAAGGCUGUGGCUGAGUGGCAGCAACUGGGGUCCCCUGUGUCCCCUCUGUCGUCCCCAGCCCAGGCCAUCGCCCUCAUGGCCUACACCAUGAAUGACCUGUACAAGGAGUUCAACAAGGCCGUGCGCGUGGCCGGGCGCUCCCGCCAGCACUACCGGGACAAUUUCCACUUCAAAACUCUGCAUUUCCUGCUGACCCAGGCGGUGGUGGCGCUGAGGGACACACAGAGACUGAACCGUGGCUGUGUGUACCGGGGCGUGGACAAGGUCCAGUUCCAGGCACGGGUUGGCCAGAGGGUCCGGUUCGGUCAAUUCGCGUCAACAUCGCGUUGUGAAGAUGUCAUCCACGACUUUGGGACGAACACAACAUUCGAGGUGCAAACGUACCAUGGCGCAGAAAUCAAGAGGUUCUCCUACUUUCAACGUGAGGAUGAGGUGCUGAUCCCACCCUUCGAGACCUUUGAGGUCACCAAAGUUGACCAGAAAGAGACAAAUAUCCGGAUUCACCUCAGCUCCACCGGGACCUUCAGCAACUACAACUGCGAGUGGCUGAAAGGUGGGAGCCUCCCCAGGAACUCCCCCCACCUUGGGGGGCUUCUCCUGGCGACCGUGGCCAUGGCAGUGGUCACCGGAACCCUCUGAGCCACCAGGCCACCAAGGUCACUGUGGUCUUGGAGGCCACUGUGGCCACCAUGAUCACGAAGGCCACCAGGACCUGCAGAGAAAUGAGGCCACCAAGGCAACCAAGACCGUUGUGGCCACUAUGGUCACCACGGCCACUGUGACUAUUGCUGCCACUUUGUCCCCUAUGACCACUCUGGACAUUGCAACCACCAUGCUCACCUUGGCCAUUGUGGCCACUGUGACCCAUGUGGCCACUAUGGCCACUGUGGCCACCAUGGUCACUGUAACUACUGAGGCCACCAUGGCCACCGUGAUUACCAAGCUGACCAAGGCCACCAUGGCCACUGUGGCCACUGUGGCCACCGUGGUCACUGUAACAAGAGGUCAGUCCUGGGGAAGCCCCUCUGAGAGCUGCCCAGGAGGGAGCGGUGCCAGGCCAGCAGGAUGGGCAAGGGCAGGGCUGGAGCUGCCAGGACAGCCCAGGACAGGCCAGGACAGCCCAGGACAGCCCAGGACAGCUCAGGACAGGCCAGGACAGCCCAGGACAGCCCAGGACAGGCCAGGACAGCCCAGGACAGCCCAGGACAGCCCAGGACAGCCCAGGACAGCCCAGGACAGGCCAGGACAGGCCAGGACGGCCAGGACAGGCCAGGACAGGCCAGGACAGCCCA